CCUUUUCCUGAAUAUACUAUUUAUUAUUUCACUUGCGUUUCACUAUUAAAGUUUAAUUAUACACGUUUAUCACGAUUUUACUUUACUUUAACUUUAUAACUUUGUGAUUAUAUUAUUUUCUUACGUAUUAGAAAUAAAUGAAGACUUGACAGUUGCGAAUGGCCGUUGGUUUGUUUACGUUUGCCGCACCGGCACGCGGACAUAUUCUUUAUAUUAAAAUUCGCGGAAAUUCCUAGAGCGGGAAAUUUAAAGUUGCACGUUAUACUUCUCGAAAAAUAGUCUUAAUUAUAAUUUAAUAACAAACAAAUUAUAAAGAUCUCAUUCUAUGUUUAAAUUUAGAAAAUGAUCAAAAAGAUAAAAAGUUUUUUUAUUUCAGUAAAGAUAUUGCACCAAAUGACGAAGUCCAAGCCACGGUUACUUAUUACGCAAGUCAACAGAAUUCGAGAAAACUCACGAAAAUUUGAUAGCGCGUAUAGCCUUUAAAAAUGGCUGCCUCCUUGUUGCAAACGGCGCGAAACGUCGCGAGGAAAAAACAGUUACCUUUUGCACAAUUAGCCGUGUUCGCGCAUUCCGGACGUUUCAACACACUAGGACAUUUUAGUGUACACGACCAUAAAAAUCGAAGUCAAGAAAAAUCAUUUCACAGAUUCAUAACCUAUGCGACGCUCUUUACCUCCGGGCUCUGUUACGCUCUUUACAAUUUGGAGGAUGAAAGGAGAAAUAUUUUACACAGCCUCAAGAAUGUUCUUUUCCCGACUGUCGCUGCAAAAAGUGCUCCAAGCGACGUUAAUAACAACAGAAAUAGGUACAAUUUUAUCGCCGACGUAGUGGAAGAAACUGCACCGUCGGUUGUGUACAUUGAAAUCAAAGAUCAGAAAAGGUUGGACCUUUUCACAGGCAAGCCAGCCACUGCAAGCAAUGGUUCGGGUUUCAUCGUUAAAGAAGAUGGAUUAAUCUUGACAAAUGCUCACGUAGUGAUUAACAAACCUAAUUCCAUUGUCAAGGUAAAUGUGCGGCUUCAAGAUGGUAGUACUUACACAGGUAUAGUUGAAGACAUUGAUGUCCAAAGUGAUCUUGCCACAGUUCGUAUCAACAAGACUAAGCUACCAGUGAUGAAACUUGGUUCAUCAGAAAAAUUAAGACCAGGCGAAUUUGUAGUUGCAAUAGGUUCCCCACUGGCACUAAGCAACACGAUAACAAGUGGAGUAGUCAGUAGUGUCAGCAGGCAGAGUGAGGAAUUAGGUCUACACCAUAAACAUAUGGAAUACAUACAGACAGAUGCCGCAAUUACUUUUGGAAACUCUGGUGGACCACUGGUAAAUCUGGAUGGUGAAGCCAUUGGUAUCAAUGCAAUGAAAGUGACGGCUGGAAUUUCUUUUGCAAUUCCCAUAGAUUAUGCCAAAGACUUCCUUAAAAAAGCAGAAGAGCGCAAGAAAAAUAAAGGAGCAACUAUGACUGGUGGAAUGAGAGAAUACGGCAGAAGAAGAUACUUGGGAAUAACGAUGUUAACUCUCACCCCAGACAUCAUAAGCGACAUGCAGCAGCAGGGAGGAUUUGUACCCUCGAUCAUCAGGCAUGGAGUUUUGAUUUGGAGGGUGAUGUUUGGAUCUCCUGCCUAUGUUGGAGGCUUGAAACCGGGUGACGUUAUAACGCACGUAAAUGGCGAACCCAUACAAUCCUCCAACGACAUUUACAAAGUUCUGGAGAAACCCGGCUCGAUAACGGUUACGUUAAUCAGAAGUGGAGUUGUCUUGCAGUUGGAAAUUCAGCCUGAAGACACGUAGAUUGUGCUACUGUUAACUGUUGAACUACGCGACGCAAGCUCGAACCGCAAGUAUGAGCCGACUUUUAAAUCGAUUAAUCAAAUAAGCUAACUACUUUUUAUAAAUAGCUAGAUUAAUUGUGCAAUAACACGAACUGAUGAAUACCGAGAUGUGACUUUCGAAAAGCCGAUAUUUAACACACUGUGAUAAACAAAUAAACAGAUUUUAUCCUAGACAAAAACAA